GAACAACUCUGUGAGGCUCCACACAGGAGGGGCCAGCCCUCCCCGAACCAGGGACAAACACGCCCUGACAGUGGCUCUUUGUGCUUUGACCCGCCAGUAUGUAAAACAUUCAAUUAUCAAUGGCCGCUGGUCGUUCACCUUUUCCCUCUACUCUCUCUUUAGUUCUGUCAACAAACUCUUGUCCUUGCAAGAGUGUGCGGCUGUUAAUGACAUGAACUCGUAAUUAAGUCAAAACUGAUGCACAGAGAAUUCGAAUGCCAAGAGGGUAGGGCUCUAAGUUAAUUAUUUCUUUAAUCCCUUUCUUAAGUCCAAUUGCAAAAUAAUUAAUUAUAACUGUGGAGAUAUCUCUUAGAAUCAGGGGUAGUGCGUCUGGAGGACAGCCCGUAUUAGGAGCUUGGUGGGGUUCACAAUAGUUAUAGCCCUUGUUUGUGUUAGAGUUAUGCAGCGAUAUUGGACGAUGGGAGGCUCCGACGUGUAUCAAAGAACCUUUAUGGAUUCCUGGAAUUCUCUUUUUUCAAAAGUCAAGGGGCUCUUGAAAAAGUACGAACCAGGAGCUUAAAAUAAAACGUCUUGCUCCAGCCACCUCUUCAAUUCGGCAUUGAUUGCGCACAAUGCUCAAUGCACGAAUGAGGCCGGUUUAUCAGUGUUGGAUGCUGCCCAAGCAUAACGUUGACAUACAUUCUAGCAAAAAUGGAAACAUGACUGUUCAUAAUAGGAUUUUAAAAUAAGUAUACGUUGGGGUUAAUAUUAGAUUUGGGUAACAAUCACCAAAGGAUAUUAUUUGCAUUUCUUUUGAGGGGUCAUGACAGUCUGUCCAAAGAGCAACACCAGUUCACCUACUAAAGAUUAUUGAUGGAUUGAAUGUGAACAAUCCAUCAAUCGAUUGGAUAUGAUGUAUUCAGCUAUUAUGUAAAGUCUUAAAGAAAGACGUGUCUCAAAUAAGAUAACUCUAAAUCUAACAGCUGCAGCAAAGAAUAAAUGCAUAGUUCCUAUUUCUAUAAAUAACAAUGAAGUUAUCAGCCUGACAUUGAAGGUAAAUUCGUUCGUAUAAAAACGUUUAAAAACAUCAGUAAAUGUUGAGGGCCUCCUUGAUAGAAAACAUUUUUAUCUGGUAAUCGUGCCAUAGGUCUGUCUUACCCUAACUUUUUACAGGGAAGAAUUAGUGCUGGCAUUUAUCACACGUUCACUGGUUGGUUGUGUUCCUCCCUCCCUCUUCCCGUGUUUAUCCCUCCCGACGUGCGUGCAACAGUCGGACGGUCGACUGUUGGUUCGGUCACGACAAAUGACAGGGUGAAUCUGACGUCGUGGGGGUGUGGGGCCGCAACAUCGCACAUUUUAUCCAACGUAGCCCAUUCAUCUAAGUUAUUAGGUGGUGCGACUUCGCGUAGACAGACAGCGGAUUAAUUUAGUUUUUUUUUUUUUAUAUUCAGAAUAAACACUGUUUUUCCUCGUCGUGGGGAGGAGGAAGGACGGCGCUCUCGACGAGGCUGGUCGGCAAAGUAAUCGGUUAAGAUUAAGUUUUUCUGCAAAUCGGGUGGUGGUGGUGGUGGUAGAGCCGAACCAGGAAGAGAGAGAGAGCGAGGGAGGGAGAUCGAGAGAGAGAGAGAGAGAGAGAGGGAGGGAGGGAGAGAGAGAGCACAUCGCGCACCCACCGUCCUCCACUCCCCAGCUCUCUCUCCCCCAGUAGGACUACAGCGCUCUGCCAUCAACACCACUACAGCUCCCAUUUCGACGAUUCAUUCCGGAGACUCGGCGUGUCGGCCAGUGCCCCGUGGGGAAGCAUGUAAUGACUCACACCAGGAAAAAGGCUUCCACCAGGCCGGGCCCCAGCAGCGAGCGACGGGACAAUAGCUCCCAGGGGCCAAAUGGGGACAAUAUGGAUGUGGCCUGGCCUCAGCGCUUGCUGCGGUUCGGCAGGACCAAGAAGAUAGGCCAGGUCGUUAGUCACAGGAAGGAUGAGGCCAAGAGAGUAACCGCAACGGGGAAGAGACGCAAGAAGUCUGGCGCGGUCCGAAAGACGCGCCGGAAGCAGCGCGAGAAGAAACGGGACAGGAAGUCGUACCCGCUGCGGGGGAGGACCGCCGGCUCGGACGAGGAGGGCCUCGACUGUCAUGUCCUCCUCACCCGCGUGGACGACGGCCUAGCGGAGCAGGAGGGCUCCGACGCCGAGGCGACGGCGCCGGCGCCGAACGACGGCCCCCAGAAGCCGUCGCACAAGUCAAAAUCCAGGAAGGACAAAAGGGGCCGACGAAAAGAGACAAAGGUGACACCCAAAACCAAAUCGAGGUCAAACACCCGGAGAGAGGAGGACGUCGUGUACCUUCCGGAGCCGCGCAAGCGCCGGUUAGCCUCUCUCAACGCCGAGGCGGUGAACAGCCUUCUGCUCGACCGAGGCUCUGACCAACAUCCACCAGCCAAGCAGGCCAAGAGACAGCAUGAGGAGCCCGCAAACGAAAGGGCUCCCCUGGACGCUAAUCCCGCUUGGAGCGGUGCUGCUGGAGGUCUUAACUCCCCCCAGAUCAGCACCACCAAAGCCACCGCUAGGUUGAAGCGCGAGCCGGGACGAGGCUCCAAGCGGAGCAAGAAGAAGGCCAAAGCGAACCGAGGGGAUCCGAGGGGGUGCGUCAGUCAGGCGAGCUUGGACGCCCCGGCGCCCAGACGCCUCGCCGGCCUCACCGCCGCGGCUCUGCUGAAGCUGACCAGCACGUCGGCCACCAGCAAGCAGAGGGUGAAGGCCGUUCCCACGGCGACCGUCACCACAGACUCUAAGGCCCCGGUCCCGGCCGCCACCCCGAAGCCACAGACCCGCGUCAAGCUCAAAGCCAAGGGGCGCUCGCAGAAGACCAGGGGGAAGAAAGGCGCGGCCCCGACGGACGAAGACGACGACGCCGCCGCCGCCGCCUGCAAGGACAAGGCCGACUUUGAGCCCAAGGUGGAGUGGGUGAACGGCGACUGCAACCACAAGCUAGCCGAGGCGGGCUACCCGCAGCGCGGCAUGCUGGGCUUCCAGCUGAAGAGCGUGAAGGAGGAGCAGGAGGAGACGGACCUCAGCCCCUACUACUGCUGCCCGCCCGAGGGCUCGGUGGAGUACUGCCACCGCCUGGCCUUCUUCCUGGGCCAGCAGGCCUACGGCGAUCCGGAAGGCCAGCCGCGCAACCCCGCCCUGACCCCCGUGAAGCGGGAGUGCCUGGUGGGCUCGCCCACGCUCGCCCAUGCCCACCCCCACGCGGCGCUGACCCUCAGCCCCCACCCGUGCCUGUGCACGGCCGAGCACUGCUUCUCCAGCUACUACGUGCACAUAGCGCACCCCACACACACUGGAACCCCGUCGGCCGCACUGGCCGCCCGACCCCUGAACUUUGCCCCCUCGUCGCUGUGCCCGAACCGGGUAGGCCGGUCCAAGCUGCUGGGGCCGCGGGUGGGCCACGCCGCGGGGCUGGCCCACCCGGCCUGCUGCGGGCCGGUGGGGUCGCCCUGCUACAACGAGGCGUGCCGGAUCAGCGGCUACGCCUAUCGGGCAAUGCCGCCCGUCGCCAGCAGGGGGUGCUCGUUCAGCACGGGGUGCACUGGGUGCCAGCACGGCAUCAAGACAGAGGGCUACUCCCCUUCUCAGGGCCUGGCCCCCAGCCUGCCCCUCUCCAGCCUCCCCCUGCCCAGCACGCCGCCCUCCACCCAGCCCAAGCCCCACCUGCCGACCCUGCUCCCGGGCCGGGACCAGCCCCCGGCCCGCCUGAAGCUGGCCAAGGAGUGCCCCCAGGCCACGGCCAAGUCCUCCUCCGCCGCCGCCUCCCCGGUGUCCUCGGGACGCACCCGGCUGACCCAGAAACAGGCCCCGCUCCCCGCCCCGGGCCUCGUCGGCGCCAGGCAGAAGGUCAGUCGGCGCCGCGCCACCAAUGGCUGGAGGCCCGUGGGCGGGCCCGUGGAGAGGGAGGUCUUCAUCGCGGGCGACGAGGAGACGGCCCUGCGGCAGUGCUAUGACGGGGUGGAGCGGGACGGGGAGGUGGUCCGAGUCCGCGACACCGUGCUGCUGAGGUCGGGUCCCAGGAAGAAGUCCCUGCCCUACGUGGCCAAGAUAUCGGCCCUCUGGGAGGACCCCAAGACAGGGGAGCUGAUGAUGAGCCUGUUCUGGUACUACCGCCCGGAGCACACGCAGGGAGGAAGAGACCCCAGCGCACAUUGCGAGAAGGAGAUAUUUGCCUCUCGCCAUCAGGACGAGAACAGUGUGGCCUGCAUCGAAGACCGGUGCUACGUUCUCCCUCUCGCCCAGUACUGUAGAUUCUGUGCCUUGUUGAAGCGGCGGGCGGAGGGCGUGGCCCCCGGGGGCCCGGGCAGCGGCGUGGUGGUCCCGUGCUGCGGCGACUUCGCCCCCCCCUCGCACCGCUGCGUGCCCAGCGACGUGGACCCCCAGCUGGUCUAUCUCUGCCGACACGUCUACGACUUCCGCUACGGACGCAUCCUCAAGAACCUCCAGUAGGGCCCCCCCCCCCAUCGCCCCCCAUCGAGGGGAGGGCAGAGGGGAGAUGAGGGACUGGACUGAAGACCCUCAUGUUUUUUGACACUGGGGGGAUUUUUCAUGAGGACUGGUGGACGAAGAGGACGGGCCAGAGAUACUGGUUUUUGGUUUUUGACGAUGGAGCAAUAAAAGAAUAAAGAUAGAAAAGCGUUUUGGGAAAAGGGGUUCGUUAUCAACAUCCGGUUGAUAACGAACAACACCGGACCCCCUGCAGAGCGGGCGGGGGGGGGGGGGGAUCGAGGGAAUCUCUGCUUAGGAACGACAUCGCUUUUCUUCCCAUUCGCAGGAACUAGGAAGAAACGUGGUCGGAAUGUCUUUCUUUAUUUCCCCCAGAAAUGAGAUCAGCUUUCAAUGUCUUUGGGGGUCCCACUAUUAUUCAUUUCUGUCCAUUGGCCCGUCGGAACAACCAAGAAGCAUUCACGGCUAUCGCCUAGCUUAGCUUCGCUUCCCAUGCCCCCCAGAGCACACCGACGGCUAGCUUAGCGUCAGUCGGCUGGCUUUGAGUGCUGAGGCGAUACCAGAGCCCAGCUAGUAUCCCAGUAGAAACAGAACCGGACAAGGUGAAGAAUCCAACAAGGUCGUACUGUACAGUGUCUUUCCUCUCUCUCAGUCACUACUUCAGGAUCACACUUGUAGCACUAACGCAGUCCACAGAGAGCAGGUCUGUAAACCAGAGCGGGAGCUUUGGCUUGGUUUCGUGUGUGUAUGUGCGUGUGUGUGACUGAAAGACAUUGUGUGUGUGUGAGCUUCUCUAUAUACCAGCGAGUGGGAGCCGCAGACGAUGGAACACUGUGGGAAGGAACCACAGGAGCAUCGUGGGAGGAAGUGGAACUAUGUGCUUCCUCUCUCCUAUACACCCGCCUCCACACGUAUUCAAACCGGUAUUUGUCAUCUCAAACGGCGGUUGCUCUUUGUUAAACCGUCAUGGCUAGUGAAAAUACCGCCUUCUUAUUGUCGUCUUACUACUCUGGUGGAGGGGGGAUGUUUAAGAAGUCCCACAAACAUGGGACUCUCUCUGCCUCCCGCUUACCUAGGGGAGAGAGUGACGUCUUUCCUCCGCCAUCUUGUUUUAACACAGACGAGCAGCUCUCUAAUCCAGCUCGGUAUGUCCCUUGUGACUUGCCUUACGACUACCACGAGGUAGCGCUUCAAGACAGCUAGUCCCGCUAGGUAAAACCAGGAAGUUGUAGAACCAGGAAUUGGUAGAAGCAGGAAGUGGUGGACUGGGAGGCCUGGGAGGCCUGUCUGAGACUGGGACGGAUAGUAUAUUUUGCUCUAGGAAGGUUCAUAACUGACUUGAGUUUACCCGAAAGUAUCCGAGUGGCAGGCAUGAUCAGAGCUGUUCCAAUACUCUUCAUGAAAAGGUGCUUCAAUGCUUCCUUUCUUGACUCAUUUAGCCUAGGGUACACUGGAGUGUCCUUUACGAAUGGAAAGGAGAUAAUGCUCUCUCACAAUACCUUGGGGCAGGAACAUUUAAAGCGACAAGCCAAUCGGUCGCUUAUGGAAACAAACAAUCAACAUGGUCGCACAAAAAUACUAAUUUUUCUACGCACACACACACACAAACACACACAGAAACAUACACACCCGUCCUUCUGAAUUCUUCUUCCCAACUUUCCAUGACCUCAUUGCGUAUUUGCAUAAAGGUCAAGGAAAAGAGGUUAGAAAAGGACGUAAUUCUUUUAGACUAUUCGACCACAGCCUGGAUGGCCAAUCCGUACAAACGACAACAAACAAAAACUGAGAAAGAUAGAAAGAUAGAACUAUAUCUAUAGAUAUACAUAAAUAUCAACAGACUCACUUGACAUGGCUUUGAAGGCCGUGAUGAUGGCUGACGGAUGUUAAUGAUGUGAUCACUGGAGCUCACACGCCAGCAGGGGGAGAAAAUCGUUGGUUUAUACACCGCGACUUUGCCUCGAUCAUCUGAAGCCGGACUGACGAGGGCUAGCUAACAAAAGCUAAACAUCCUAGCGUCUGUUAUUUUCCGUGUGGGUAAAAAAUCGAAGCUACCUUUUAUAUUAUAAUUACCACACACUUUGUCCUCGGUCUACAAAGCUAAGCUAAUCUCCAACCCCCAAAAAAACCAAAGGAUGUCAGACAGAACAGAGCUUCUCCCCGCCCCCUUGUUCCUCCCGUCUCCCCGCACACUCUUCCCCUCUCUAUAUUGCACUAAUCCAUUCCUUCAUUACGAUGUUGGCGUGUGCGCUACAACAUAUUCCCCCCCCCCCCUCGCCUUAAUCUUUCACUCGGAGACUAAACGGCUGCGGGGGUGGUGUUGGGGGUGGGGUUGAGGUGGGAGGGUGAGUAGGGGGGGCCGGCGGGGGUAAUAAAGUGUGUUAUUGAUGUCUGUGAGUUGGUAUUGAUCGUUCGAUUGCGAGGGUAACAGGAUGGUCGGUCAUGUGAGCGCUGACAGUGCUGCUCAGAUAAAGGUUUAUAUUAUUAACGGAACAAUUAGCGCGCGCUGUCUCCCACCUGUUGUGUAAUCACAAUCACUGAGUGUGCGUGUGUGUUGGGGGGGGUCUGGGGCGCAUGUGUAUGUGUGUGUGUGUGUUUACCUGUGUUUGUGUAGGUGUAUGCCUGCGUGUAUACCUGUAUGUAUGUAUGUGCGUGUGUGUGCGUUUGUGCAUCUGUGUGCGCGCUCGCGGUAGGUUCCGGACUGUUUUGUGACAAACAUUGUCAUGGGUGUUGGAUUGAAGGAGAAAACUCACGUAGCACUGCGUUACUACGGCGACGAGGUUCAGACGGGUGGGGGUUGUGGUCCUGAUUUCACCUGGGGGUAGGCCUAUGCUGUUUCCGUAGUGAUUUAUUGUCACCAAGCACAUAACUGGUAAACAAACUGAACAACAAAACGAAACAGUUGAUUUGAAUAGAAAGCACAUGAAUCUCAAACAGUGGAACAGCAGCUCGGUUAGCAGCACAUUGGCCUUUGUGUUUGUGUGCGCGUGUGCGUGUGUGUGAGAAUGUGAUGGAAAGAGAGAGGGUGAAAGCGAGAGUGAGCAAUCCUUAAUGUAAUUGAGAUGUGGUGAGAUAUAACCGACAUACUCGCAUUGCCUUUUUGUAUGUGUUUUUAUUACAUUAUGACUGGAGUAGGCCUAUGCGUAAAUAUUUAGCUGCUUAGUUGUGAAAAUCUUAAAAAGCCAUCUUCUGCUUCAUUGGAUCCCAUUCGAACCUGACUUACGACCGUAGUGACAGGAAGGCUAUAUUUGAAAACGAUGUGACUGCACUCCCACAUUAUUUAACGCCCUGAUUCUUGAGAGAAUUAAUGCAUAAGAAUAUAUUCUCUUACUUUAAAAAACACUUCUCCUUGCAAAUAUUUUAUUAUGUCGAUUUACUAAGAUGGCAUUUGCGAUAUAUUUUUUAACGUUAGUAUUUUUGAAAAAUCUACCUAUCUAACCCCGGGGAAAUAAAAGUGAUUUUUUUUUUUUUAUUAUUAUUUAAUUUCGGGUCCGUUUUUAAUCUAAAAUCAUGCCGAUUGAUGUUGAUUUGACCUGAUCCUACAGCAAAGUAAUGCUUAACUAUAAGGAAAACCCUCUGGGUUGUGCUUGUUGAACCCUGAACCCUGAACGCUUUGACCUCGGUGGGGAGAGGUUUGACAGAAGGCGGUCUUUACAUGAAGUGUACAUUUACCACGGUGCAGUCCUUUAACGAACAGGCACCCAAUGCACAAUGUGUCAUAUUUUUUUGCAAGAUGUGUGUUAAUUAUAUUUAAACUUGAGAAAAAAACAUAUUUAAACUGAGUAAACGAUUACAAUAUACUAAGAUAUACAUUUAACUUAUUUGGAAAAUAUUGUGUUGAAUUGAGGAUUUCUUAAGAACUUUGUGACCGGGUAUGAAAAAAAAGACAUAUGAUCUGUUUAUAUCUUAUUUAUGACUUUUAAGAUUAAAUAAUGCAGUGGCGAUUAGUGGUGUACAUUUUAGUACUUUUUAUCACACAAGACUAGGUAUCAUCGGUGGAAAACAGACCAAAGCACACCUUUAAGACAGGAUCAGGCAGGAGAAAUCCCAGAUACAAAUUCAGAAGCCAUCUUCUAACCCGAAUUUUGAUCCACACAGGAACAAUGGACCAACCCAUAGCGACUGGCUCAUUUUGUAAAAAUACCUGGACUCAGACAUUUGGAUAUUUUGCUAUGGCAACAGGGUCAGAUGAGCUGUCAUCUCUUUGUCCAAUCAGGGGAGAGGGUGUCCUCCACACCUGAGACAGGUAUGAGACGCCCUCAGGACCCGGUCUAGAUACAAGUGUUACCUUUCUGCAAACCAAGACUGGUCUCGGAUCAGGAUUGGUUGGCCAACGGCUGUACAGUGUUCUCUCCUCUCACCAAUAGCCACAAUUAUUCAGUUUAUUCACUUGAUAAUGUUUGUGAGUCCAUUGGGCUGGGUUGAAACGUAGUCCAUCCAUUAAUGAUAUUAUUACACAUGCCUAUUUCUGACAUCCAGUUCGGAUGGCCACAGUUGCCUUCCUCCCAGACGUGCAUUUACAUUGUUUGACCGCUAGAGGGCGGGAAUCCGAGUUCUGCAGAACUUGUCCCUUGGUGACGUCUCAGCUUUUACGACAGCAUCUGCUUCCUGUCUCCUUGUCGACUUAUUUCAUGGCCGCUAAGAGCAGCACAGCAGUAAAGAUUAUAUAACAUAACUCUUAAUGAAAAUAAAGCGCUUCUAGGAAGUUAA